GUGAGGAGGAAGCAGCGAGGGCACAGUGACCCUGAAGGACUCGGAAGGGAUCUGGCUGCGGUGGAAGUAGCAGAUGCCCGGUCGGCAGAGCCACAGGACGAGAACGGCUCACACCCAUCACGCGCUCCGCGGGCGCCUUUCCGGCCCCUCUCGGCCCCCGUAGCGGGGCGGAGCUCGGCCGCCGGCCCUCCCUGGCCAUGGCGGGCGAGUUGGAGGGCUGCAAGUCCCUGAGCGGGCUGCUGGGCGGCCUGGCGCAGAGCGCGUUCCACGGGCAGCCGGGCAUCCCCGAGGAGCUGCUGCACGGCCAGCUCUACCCGGAAGUGCCGCUGGAGGAGUUCCGCCCCUUCCUGGCCAAGAUGAGGGGCGUUCUGAAGAUGCGGCUCCAGGUUGCAGCUCACCUUGAACUGAAUCACCUUCCCCACGCUCUUGAACUCGGGCAGCACAUCAUGGUAGAAGUCCAGGAACUGCUGUCCAUUGCAUCUGCAGACAUGGAUUCCAACCAGUUAGAGGCAUUUCUGACUGCUCAGACCAAGAAGCAAGGCGGCAUCACCAGUGAGCAAGCUGCAGUCAUUUCCAAGUUUUGGAAGAGCCAUAAGACAAAAAUCCGAGAGAGCCUCAUGAACCAGAGCUGCUGGGACAACCGGCUCCGGGGCCUGAGCUGGAGAGUGGACAGCAAGUCUCAGUCAAGGCAGACAGCUCAAAUACACACCCCUGUUGCCAUGAUAGAGCUGGAGUUCGGGAAGGGUGGACAGGAAUCUGAAUUUCUGUGUCUGGAAUUUGACGAAGUUAAGGUCAAGCAAAUCCUGAAGAAGCUGUCAGAGGUAGAAGAGAGUAUCAACACGCUGAUGCAGGCAGCCUAGCAGAAGGUGACGCAGGAAGGCGUCUUGAAAUGCAGGUGUUCAUGGGCUUUCCUGCUUCCUCAUUGGUGUUACCAAAAGACAUUGUAUACAUGUAUGAAAGUUUCAAAGAAUAAAUAAAAAAAUAUUUUAAAAAGUGGCUAAAAACAAAAACCCUCAAA